AACCACGUGGAGUAGUGACAGCUUGUACGUGCUCCAGCUCAAGUCAUAUCUGCAGCCCUACACUACUUUCCUGAGGUUGUAUCUUCAGUCACAGUGAGUGUGAGGGAGACUGUGAUCUUUUUGUGCAGUAUUUAUUGAUCUGGAGUGAUGUCAGCUGGCGGGGUGUGGGCUCCCUACAAGGAGCUGGCUGGCACAGUCAAUGCUGCCAUAGUGGGCAAGCAAGACAAUGUCUACUAUAGCCUGGAGGCAGUGCUACAGAAACACAAGCCUGACUUCAUAUCUCUGCUCAAGAAUCCACCUAAAAAUGUGUCUGAUCGACAGCUAGUCCUCAAGUCAGUGAAGGAUGGCCUCUCCCUGCCCACUCUACCCAACCUGCACACACUCCCUCAAGACUUCAUCGAUGAGGCUCUUAUUCUGAGUGAUAUUCUCGAUCUAAAUGAAGUGUCGUCUGUGGAACUUCUUGUGGCCGGGGAACAGCAGUUGCCACGGUUCCCUAAUCUCACUCGAGGGUUGGUGGCAGUCCUGCUCUACUAUGAUGGUCGACGUAGCCUUGUCUCCGCCCUCCGUACCCUCGUCCAGGCGAGAGAGGGGGUGUGUUGGACCCUUGACCUCCCCCCUCACACAUCACACUUUGUCACAAGCUUCACAAAUGACCUCAUGAUCUUUGAUAAGGGGACCGGUGAAGGGAUUGUGGAUCGUAUACUAUCGCUAUUGGAUACCAUCACCGUGACAACAGAGCUGGAGCGAUUGUCCAAAGGCCGUGCUAUAGGUGACCCGAAACACAAGGCUAGAUUGGUGUACUUCAUUGAAGAGAUUCGCACGGCCCUGGCCGACUGUCUACUUUACUGGGCCAUUCAAAACCCUUUCAACGAAGGCAACAGUCUCAAAUUGAUACGAUACCUGUCCAAGGUUACCUUGGAUACGCCGGGAAUGAGGGAGGCAGCAAAGGUUUCAGCGACACCUCUCGAGAAGAGCCAGAAGUUCGCCAGUGCUGAGUCUACAGACUGCAUAUUGUUCCAUGCUCUACUGGCCUGCUUCAAUAUCGGAGAAAUCACACCAGAGAGUGCAGUGGAUGAGUCAAUGUUGGACGACCAUUAUCCUGCUCUCUCUGCGACCUUUGUACCCUCCAUCCAUGCCGAGCUACUAAAAGGUGAUUGGUCGACUCCCGAGCUCCACUCUGCCGUAAUGUUUGCGUGGGCGGUGCUUCUGAGAGAGUGCUCUAGUCGGGCGUCCUUUGCUGGUGUGACGGAGCUUGAAGAUGAUGGUGCUAUAAUGGACAUUCACCUGGGGCCUGCUCUGGUGUUCACACGUCAGUCCAUCCUCACAUGUCCUCACUUCCUAGAGGAGGAACACUUGGUCAAGAUAUUACACCAUCAACUAACAAGCUUCAUCAUCCACUAUCCACUCAAGAUCAAAGAGGUGCGUAACCAAGGUGACGAGAUAGCGCGAGUGAACUCUGACCUUGUACUCCCGUCCAAGAGAGUGUGUGAGGAGCUAAUGAAACUGAUUGGUGAUCUCUACUCUCAUGACCCCCAUGACCUCCAGCUGUCCCUGGAGUUCUGGUCCCCCACCACUGACCACACCCAUCAAACACCCGGACUACAUCACAGAGUCCCCCAGCGUCAGAUCAGUCUGUACAAGUUCAUCAGUACAUGUUCGGACCUCCUGCCCGCCCCCCUAUUCCCGGCACUCAUGCACAUGCUAGUGGGGCUGGCUAGCUCCACCCACUCCGCCCACCACACAUUCAACUACCUCAAGGCCAACAGUCCCAGCCUAGGGGGUGGUGGUGCUAGCGCUGCUAUUUCAUUGGAGCAUUUCUUCCUCUCUCUCAAGCAGUACUACCUGGAGCUCAAGAAAGAGGGCGGAUCCAGGGCCACACCUACUGGGUCACCGAUAACCCCUUUGGAGCUGGACGGCCUCAGGGGGGUGCUCUCUCUCAUAAGGAUUAUUGCAAAAUAUGACGAAAAUGCUCGUAUUGUCAUGUACGAGAACCAGUCAUGGUUACCGGUAGCGUCUCUAUUCGGAUUGGUCGGUUGCCCUGUACCACGAGAACUGAAGGCAGACGUAUUAGAGACACUGGCUGUGUUUGCCCGCACUCCAGAAAUUGCCGCCUCCAUGUGGCAUACCCUAGAGGUCGCACAGAUACUCACGACAAGUCACGCUAAGGUGCCAACACACGACUCACGAGCUUUUGGUCACCAUGGCAAUCAAGACGGUGGUAUUCAGGUUGAACUAGACGAGCUUGAGUCUCAGAUUGAAGAGUACUGUCUCACGAGAGCAUUUCUGUCCCUCCUCAACGCCCUGAUUGAUGUGCCACCCCCUCCUGGUCUGGGGGCGGGGCACAGGGUACCAGGGUUUGACCCCUACCUAGAGUUCGUGCGUGAUAAUGUGUUCCUGAGGUUUGACUCUCGUGGCUAUCGCAAUGCAGAGGAGAAGUGGCAGGUGGCUAGUCUGGCGCUGGAGAUACUGCACAAGCUGCUUCUCUCGUACGAGGUCUCACCUGAGGAUUUUGUGAACCAAUACUACGACACACCAGAGAUGGGCGGGGCUAUGGUUCCUAAGCAACCAGGACACACUCUCCUACUGCACAUGCUCAACGACUCUAAGCUACUUAGAAAGAUCCGCUCAGUGAUAGACACUGCCUACCUUCAUCUGUCUGACCCUGGCACCACAUCCCCUGAGGCACUGGCACACACGGCACUCCUCUGUCUCAAGAUGCUGGAGACUGCGUUCAGCAAAGAGUCAUCCUUCCUGGAUCAACUGAGGAAUACACAUGAUCAUGGUAUCAUCACAAGCCCUCUGAAUGAGUUGCUAGGCAGCAUCAACUCUCGUACUGGCAAGGCUGACUUCAUCGUAACUAUUGCCAGAUACGCCACACUGACGGAGUGCAGUCCAGAGCUCUCCCUCACUGCAGUGCAGAUACUGACCUGGGUGUGUCAGUCACACUUGUCCGGCUCACAGACUGUCAAUCACAUCCUUAGUGACAAGGAUGUGUGCUCGGAGAUCUUGCAGGGAUUCGUGGAGCAAUUAGAAAUGGAGGUCGAAGGUCAACUACCAACAGAAGGGGACCCCCUCUCGAGUGUGGCGGGUGUACAUCAAGCAGUCAAGCUGGGUAUACUCACACUGCUCUCACUCUGUGUGGACCACCCCCCUCCAAACAUCACACAUCUGUUGCUAGGAUAUGAGACGAGCUCCGAGAAGAGUGUAUCUGAUACCAACCUACAGGACCCUGGUGUGAUGGGUGCUCCUCGUACGUGUCUGCAUUCCAUUCUGUCCCUCCUGGAACACGGACAAGACUCUGGUUGUCAUUACUCCAAUCCAAAACUGGCCGAGCUUUGCUACAAAGUUAUAUACCAGCUGUGUGCCAGUCGUCAUCUCUCCACACCCACCCUCCGCUAUCUCCGUAGCAACCACGAGUUUUUCUCGAGUCAGCUCUCAAAGUUACCUCUGAACGUUUCCAUACUUCAGGACGAGAAUGACGACGGUGUGUUAAACUCUCAGCAGGUGGCUGUGUUGCAUGAGGAGGCGUGGCUUAUCAAGACGCUGGCCGUAGAGCUACGCAUGACCACUCUCAAUCACCAACGUUCACACGCACAGAGGAUCGUCAACCUUCUCCUGAACGAACCGACCAAUGAGAAUGCAGAAAUAGAUCACACAACAGACUAUGGCGAACAAAGUUCGGAUUUCAAUUUUCUUCACGAAAAGAAACGGAAGAUUCUCUUACUUUUGGAUAGCGUGGAUUUCUCGGAGAAAGACACACCCACUUUUGACCUGCAAUUCUUCGACCAAUCGGCUAUGGAAGAAGCGAUCAAGUCAUGUGAAGCUAAGGAGGAGGUGAGUGGGGGUGGGUACACAGACGUGAAGGCACUCCAUCGUCUCCUCAUGAUGGAGCUCAACAUGUUACAGGGAACAGGGGCAGCUGGUCAGAGACAGAGCGUUCUAGAGGAGAUUCACGAGAUUCUGGUAGUGGUGGUGAUGAGGAAUAGGGUGUUUGAUUGUAACCAUGGAAAUAGCGAGUUGUUUGAGAGCUGGCGACAGUUGGUGGAGGUGGCGCUGCACAGUCUGGGUCAGGUGGGGGUCAAGAGUGAGGUCAAAGUGGCAGUUCUCUUCGAGCUCAUACAAGACCUACUAUUGAAGGUGUCUGGUAGCGACUCCUCCGAGCUGACCUCCUCUGUACAAGGGGUGGUCCUCAUGCUCCUCUCUCACCUCCGUCAGACACUGGCCACACCCACUGAGAACCAAGACGCAGAUGGUAGUGAUGGCCUCUCCUCUCUGUACGUGGGUCCCCUGCACGCCAUUCUCAAGGGGCUGGUGGACAACCUCCUUCGAUCUCCAUCGUCCAAUCAGAAGGCCCGAGCCUACCUCAGUGGAGCACUGCUGUAUUACCUCGUGCUCACUAAGAGACAGAAAGAGAGGCAGGGGAAGCAGGCUAGUCUGUGGCGUACUGACAAGGAGGAAGACACUCUCUCCUCUGGGAACCUCUCUGUGCUUUCUAGUUUUGGAGAGUCGUUUAUGGACAUGGUUGCUAAAAAUGCUUGCAGCUGGCAUGCUGUCUCAAGGAUGCUCUCCUUGUCCCUACUCGAUGCCAUUGUUGCCCUGGACUACCCGAGUGUGUGGUUGAGGUUCCUCUCCUCCAAGGGAUACCUACAGAACCUCUGUGCUAGCGUACUAUGGGAAGAUGAGGCUCUCGUUAAGAUGACCACGCCCACUCCCGAGACACUCAGAGCUCUCUAUGUCUACGAGUCAAAAAUGGCUUUUCUCACUCGGGUUGCCAAGGACGCGUACGGAGGUCGUGAACUCGUAACACUCAACGCUGUCAACUACCUCUCACAGUGCAAGUUCAUCGACAACCGUCCGAGUUACCAUGACAAUGCUGGCUACUAUGGCAACAGUCAAUCUAUUGGUCAGGAUGGAUUUGUCCCCAGUGUCAGUGAUCGGUAUCGUCAAGCCUUCCUCCCGCUACUCAAGUUCCUGCUGGCUUUGUUGACGUCACCUGGGGCUCAUCACAAGGAGGCCUGUGCUCAGGUGACAGAUUUGAUUGGAUCGCACUCUGAGAUUUUUGCGACUGUUCUCAAAGAGCAACAUCAGGUGGUUACUAUGGCAACACUACAAGAGCUUGCCCUCGUCACAGCCGUCAUUGGUCACUCGGACGUCGGUCAUGAUUGGUCGUCCCAAAUGGCCACACCCAUUGGCUCUGGUCUGGUUCGUCUACAGCGACUCAUGCUCACACUACUACCACAGUACUGGUCCAAACAGAAUUGGAAGUCACUCGUAAAUCAGGUGACCCAGAGCGAGGGUGGGGAUGGUGUGAGAGGUGUGGACCUUAUGAUCAAUGAGGACGCCUCAUUGGUCGUUCAACAGAUUGCCACCAACCUCGUCUCCUACUGCCGAGUUGCCAUGACAAUUGGAGGCACGGAGUUCUCCUCUCCCUACUGUCGUAUCCUUCUCACCCCACACCUUGCUGAAGCCAUAACGAUGCCAUCCAGCAGAGCGACCUUUGCACCCAUGUCGGGAGCCCACCCCCACUCAUUAGGACUGCUCAUUCAGCACUUGAAAGAGUGUGUGGAUGGUUACGGGUCGUCAUUGGAGACACAUCAACAGAAGAACCGGAAGCUAGAAAGUGGAACGUUGGGAAUGGAAGAUGUUAGAACGCUCUUACCUGCCAACAUGACUGUGGACAAGCUCUCUCCUGCUCAACAGCAGACAGUGGCCAGACAACGCCUCAAGCAACUCGUCACUAACAGGAAGCAAGAGCUACAGCACUACGCAUACUUGAUUGAGAACCUGCUGUACCUGUUGUGGAGACACCUGCAGUACUACCUCGUACACUGUAAGCCGGUGACCUCUGACCCCCAGAUGGUGGGUAUGGCUCGAUCCUCUAUGAGACGAUUGCAAGAGUAUGGUGCCACCCAGAGCGGUGAUUUGACCUUUGACCUGUCUUCGGUGGGGGAGGGAGUGAGUGCAGCAGACCUGGAGUCCCUUAAGAUAGACAUUGGCAAGAGCCUCACUGACGGUCUCUUCAAGAAGCUCCUGGACGUGGAAGAGGCUCAGUUCUCGGCUAGGGUGGAGUUGAGGGUUGGGUUUGUGCAGGCUCUAGUGAGGAGAGUGAGGAGACUGCUCAAACUGAAGGCUGAUGUCCGAACAGAUAUCUGAUCACAUGACUAUCACACGACCCAUGAAACUCUUGAAAAAUACUAAUCUUAGUACUGAACGUUUCUAGGCCAAUUUUAGAAAUAUGUAAUUAUAACUUUAAUUUAAAUUUGACGCUAGGUGCAGUGCUAUAUUGUAAUGAAAUCCAUUUCAAAGUGA